AUGGAAUCAUAUGACGAGCCAGAUGCCGCCUCGGCUUCUGGCAGUGCCUUUGUCGAUGACUCGGUCCCAGCCGCUGAAGUUGCUUCGGUGGGUGCCAAUGCCGGAGAGCUGCCUGUUCCAGGUGUGCUUUCUGGAGUAGGCCCUAAUGCCGAAUCUGCGAAAAAGGUUGCUCGUGACAAGGGUUGGACUGACCCAGUUCCUUUCGAAUAUUCUGACCUUGCUAAUAGCAAGGAUCAUCGUGAUUGGGCUGGAGUUGCUGCUCGUUACGAAUGGAAGGAUGAGUAUGGUGACGUUGGCCCUGCCGUCCCUGAGCUGGAGGAUCAGCUUUUCCGGGGCGAACUCAUUAUUCGCCCUGGCGCUAAACUCGACGAGUUGAACAGCUACCAGGUCAACAUCGAAAGUCCCAAUGAGAUCACGGCAGUUACCGAGUGGGCCAACUUUGGUUUACACCCGGUCAUGCUUGAGAACGUUCGUCUCUGUGGAUACGAGCAGCCCACUGCGGUGCAGUCUUAUGCGAUCCCCGCUGUUCUGAGCAAUAUGGAUCUUAUCGCCGUCGCUCAAACUGGCUCUGGAAAGACGGGCGCGUUCCUCAUUCCCAUUCUUUCCAAACUGAUGGGCAAGGCAAGGAAGCUCGCUGCUCCUCGCCCCAACACCGCGGAAAGAUUCAACCCUAGGGAGGAUGCUGUUCGAGCAGAGCCUUUGGUUCUGAUCGUCUGCCCCACUCGGGAAUUGGCUACUCAGAUCUUUGAUGAAGCGCGUCGUUUGUGCUAUCGCUCCAUGCUCCGUCCAUGUGUUGUUUAUGGCGGUGCUCCUUCUCGUCUCCAGCGCGAGGAGCUUCAGAAAGGAUGCGAUAUUUUGAUUGCAACUCCUGGUCGUCUUAUUGAUUUUAUGGAACAGACUCACGUUCUUUCACUCCGUCGCGUUAGGUACACUGUCAUUGAUGAGGCGGAUGAGAUGCUUGACUCGGGCUGGGAAGAUGAGUUCAAGAAGAUCAUGUCUGGAGGAGAUAUGAAUGAGGAUGACGACCAUCGCUACCUGAUGUUCUCUGCCACCUUCAACAAGGAGUUCCGGAAACUUGCCAAGCAAUAUCUCAACCAGGACCAUGUGCGCCUCCGUGUUGGCCGAGCUGGCAGUUCGCACCACAACGUUGUGCAGAAUGUUCACUGGAUUGAUAAGGACAAGAAGAUGCGUGCGAUCUAUGACCUUCUGAUUAGCAUGCCGCCUGUUCGCACCUUGAUCUUUGUCAACAGCAAGGAGCAGGUUGACUUCGUCGACGACUACCUCUACAACUCUGGAAUGCCCACCACUUCCAUCCACAGUGGUCGGACCCAGCGUGAACGGGAGGAUGCUAUGCGCGCCUUCCGAACUGCAAAGUGUCCCAUCAUGGUUGCUACCGGAGUCUCUGCUCGUGGACUUGAUGUCAUCAAUGUGCUCCACGUCGUGAAUUAUGAUCUUCCCAGCGCUAUCCACGGAGGUAUUACUGAAUACAUUCACCGUAUUGGACGAACUGCCCGCAUUGGGAACGAAGGAGUCGCGACCUCUUUCUACAAUGAACGCGAUGAAGGCAUUGCCGAGGAUCUUGUUAAGAUCUUGGUCGAAUGCAACCAAACUGUUCCCGAGUUCCUCGAAGCAUACCGGCCUGAGGGUGAUGUGCUGGAUUUUGACGAUGACUCUGACAAGGACUUCUUCGAUAACGCAUCCAACGCUGGCUCCAAUGCUGGUUCUGCUGCUCCUUCUGAAGUUGAGGCCGAGGUUGAGGCUGAUGCUGAAGCUGAAGCUGAAUCUGCUGCUGCUGAAUCUGGUGUGGCCGAGGAGAGUGACAAAGCUGCAAGCAAUACCGAGGAUGCUGGCAAUGAGCCUGCCGAUGAUGAUGAGCCUGUUGCUGACGAGGAACCUGCUGUUCCCAAGCCUGAUGCUAAAUCCAAGUCAGAGGACGCUUCUGGAUGGUGGGGAGCUGCAUCAACCCCUGGCGACAGCAAGAAGGAGCACGACCCCAAGCCUAAGGAAACUCGUAAGGGUGGUCUGGAAGCUUCUGGUUGGGCCCCUAAGCCAGCUCCUAAGUCAGCUCCUAAGAAGUAUGCCCCUCCCAAGGUUGAAGACGAUCCAUUCUGGAACUAG